AUGGCGACAACUGGCUAUGCUGGUGCGCGAGUCCGGAUUUCAACUGAAGAUGGGAUUUAUGAGGGCAAUAUUCAUCUUGUGGACUUUAACAAUAAGAAGUUGUCUUUAGAAAGAGUGGUCGUUGUGAGUUCAGGGAAAAGAUUACAAGGGCUGCAGAACUUUUAUGGCAAUGAACUUGAAUCAUUGGAUUUGUUGGAAGAGGGUCCAUUGAUCAAAGCAAAUCAUGCAGAGGACAAGAGAAGUGGAAAAGGCCAGAGUAUCUUGGACAAAGGACAUAAAUACACGCCUCCUCAUUUGAAGAAUCUACGAAGGCGAGAUGAGGGUGUACCCAUGGAGACCUCCAGUGGUGAGGAUGACGAGACAGUCAGGUGUAACACUCCAGGUAGCACAAAGUCUGACUAUGACUCUGGGAUAGAUCAGGAAGCCGUGCAGAAGGGCAGGUCCAGAUUUGCCUUUACUGUGCUGGACAAAGUUAGAGAACAGCUCUUCUCAGAUGCGUGUGUAUUUGGGUUAUCAGUUGAGCCAUAUUGCGGGGCACUGUGUUGUGGGAGUGGCUCUGGAAGGAUAGAGAUUGGCAGGGGCGGAGAACUCUGCUGGCUCCAGGUUGCCACUCCUGACCACGUUUUUCUGUUUGAUGUGAAAACGAUGGGACCUCAGUGCUUUUCUGAAGGCCUGAAGGAGAUUCUGGAAAAUGGACGCAUUCUCAAGGUAAUGCACAACUGCAGGUUGCCCUCAGACAUGCUUUGGCACAAGUACGGAGUCAACCUUGUCAACAUCUUUGACACACAGGUAGCCGACGUGUUUGUGUACCGGAACAGCCAUGGAAGCGACUGGCCCCGGUAUGUCCAGGGCUUAGCCAUAGUACUGCUGGAUUACCUGCCGCUGUCAAGAGCUGAUGUCCACAUUAGGAGAGUCAGGAAAGGAUGUGUCGAGGAAGACAGUGCAUUCUGGGCAGAGCGUCCGGCAUCUCCGCAGGUCUUGGAUGCUGCUGUCAAGGAUGUGGUGUAUCUGCGGGAACUGAGGCGCGUCCUCAUGGAGAAGAUGAUGAUGGAGUACACAGCAGGUGUGGACAUCUUCCUCAACAACGUCAGAGAUGCCACCAGUACUGAGGCACAGAAAAUGAAGGAAUCCAGUCACUUGUUGCCAGUUACCUUCAAUCAUCUUUCACAUCUCACCUACCAAUCCAAGAUUAAAAACCAACCUCAUAAGAUUGACAAGGAUCCAAAUGGUUUUGUGGAAAAUUUCCGAACAUUUGACAAAUCGUUAUUUUUCAACCAAGGAGGGCCAUCAUCUUUGGACAAAGGCAAACCAGAACCAAAAUCAGAUCUAAUACCACCAGGCUGUGAUGACCAAGAACGGCUUCCAGUAGAACCAUUACCGAGAAAUCUCUCCACCGAGUGUUCUACAGAUAAAGGGGCACAGGCCACUGGGUCUCCCAAAGGACAGGAUCUGCCUGGGGAGAAGAUUGCAGCAGGUCGAGGAAGCAUCAUAUCCCGUGACACUGCCUUUGUCAUCCCUGGAACUGGACAAUACCAAUCUCAGGAACCGGCUAAAACUGGUCCCUGCCAGAGUGACAAUCUGGAUUCCAGUCAGACAAAACCUUCCCCAAAUGAAUCACUGGAGUCAAAUGAGAGUGAUAGGGCUCAUGUUCCAGUGUGGAGUAGUCUGAUAGAACCCCAGACCUCUGAUCUCUCAGGGUUGAUUCUCAAACCCCCGGGUGUUCAGGAGAAGAUGAAAAAGACGUCGAACAGGCAGAAUGACGCAUGGCCUGAUGGGAAACGUGUUCACCAAAACCUUGUUGAAAGUUACCCACAGGACACUGGGACAUUUGAGUGUUCCGACCCAUCUCUCAGUUUAACCCGUUCAGAAGAUCUUGAGAAAAACUGUUUUGAUGUGAUUCCUUCGGGGAGAUUUCAAGCCAAAUCUGUCAGUUGUAGUGUUGAACCAUGUUUAGAUCUUCACUGUGUUAUUGUUGGUGACAUGGACACAUCUGUUCCAGUUCAAGAGGCUGGUAAACCUUUGUCGUGUCCAGACAGUCAAGUUACAUGUACAAGUGACACAGGUGCACUAGGGAAAGUGUCCAGUGGAACCGUACCUUACGGCAGCAAAGUGGGACGAACUCGCUUCUCAGACCCCUCUCUCACAGGGACUAUGAUCUGUAAUGUCAACAUUCCUUGUCCUUACACGAUAGAAAGCCAUGUCAAUGCACGUUUGGAAAACGAGCAUUCCCCAGGAGAUGUGCUGUGUCUCAGUGGAGCUGUAUCAGAAGGCAUAUUAGGGAGCAGUCAUUUUGAUCAACUUGCAAGGACAGGACAAGGUUCUUAUCUGCCUGGCCUUGACCUCUGGACGUGAACAUGGCAUCACUUUAUAAUGGUAUCAACUCCACUUCCGUCAUUGUGACGAUUACAGGACUGCUGAAGAACAUUUGUGGCUGAGGUUAGGCCUAAACAAGCCUGUGAGUGUUGGACAAGUUUGGCCAAUUUUGUCCAGUGGUGACAGAGAAGUCAAGCAAAUUUCGGAAGCAGCACAUGCGCUGUAAGGAGUAUUUCUACUGGCCUGGGUUAUUCUGUAAAUGCUGCCCUUGGAACUGAUUCUGUUGCCAGUUUUAAGAGUUUCUGUUUUGUUAUUGUGAAGGAUCUAAGGAUCCACAAUGUUAAUGGUUAUUAAUUUCAGUGACAAGUUGUCCACUGGUAAAAAUUUUUAUUGUAAAAUUGUUAUUAAAAAUUAUGUGCUGUGAGGUUCCUCCUUAGAGAAUAGUUAGAGAAAUCUUCAUUUGCGUAAUAAAAAUGUAAUACAUUUAACUGUUAAAGGGGAAGAAAAUUUAAAUAUCAGUCAAAUACCUUUGAAAAGAGUAUGUCUUUCCUCGCAAGUGCAUGCCAUAAAAAAUUCGAAUAUGUACCUCAAGUUGAUAAAUUAUUAAUAAAGUCAGCGCCAACAUCCGCUGUAGGGGACUCCAUUUCCGCCCAAGAACUAGUCCUGAAGUCUUCUGUGUUAGGAUGAGAAUUGCCGUCGGAAACCGCCGAAGUGCAGUUCGUACAUUUCAGGUAGAACCCUUCUUCCGAGAAGGUAGAGAACAGUACAGUUCGUUUUCCGCUUGACAAUCGGGAAACCGGAAUGUUGGACGUAGGUUCCGAAUUUACGGACAAGCCGGCAGUUUUAAUGGCUCUCUUUGACUGAGAGGCAGCACACCCUCUGCAUAAAUUCCAGGGUGUUAAAGAUGGAUUCAGCUAUUUAUGCCAGCUUUGCCGUUUUUAGGCUUUACGUGUAUGGCGAGGGAAAAUCGCAAAAUUAUGCAGCAGGUACCACCAGAUAGAAAAAAAAUGUGCUCUUUUUCAGCCUGUAGUGUCAUGUUUUUAAGUUUUCUUCUCCUUUAAGCUUCAAAAAUCUUUGAAAGCUGAGGUGAUUUUUUUGGGACGAUGGUUUCUUCCCAAUUAGGUCUGAUGUAGUGGACGUCUUUUCUGCAUGUAAAGCUGUUUUUUAGUGCAGCAUGAACUUCUGUGAUUUCAUCGGUUAUUGUUGACUAGGGGAUAAUGUGACAAGAUUUGUCCUUUUGCUAUGCAAUUAAUUAUCUGUAUUUUGCCUAUGUGAACAGACUCAUUCCGUCUUGUGAAGAAGUAUAUUUUUGUAUCAUAGACUGUUUACAACAAUGCCAUGGAUAAUGGGCGCGAAAAUCACAGACAUUGUCUUAUCCUCUUUUAUACGUCAUUGUUCAGGUGUUUUCUAAGUGAUGAUGACAUGUACAUGUAUCAUUGUGUUGAGAAAGUCGGUUGUGUGAACAGUAGAAAUUCUGAAACUUCUGCCAUGUCUCAUGUAUAAUAUUGGCGCUCAAACAUAACGACAAGUGAACGUAAACAGAUUUGUCAGCAAACGUUAACCCUUCAUAUCCAGGAGACUUCCAUUUCAUAUACGUGAAAUAAUUCUACGAAGCUCACAAGUGAGAUGAUGGGAUAUUAUCAUUAAAACCCAUAUAUUCUGACAGCUUUCAUAAUGAAUGGAUUAUACGUGUCGGUGAGUUUCUUCUGUCCAUGUUAGUGACAUUCAGCAAGUGCGAAGAAAUCUAUGAGCAGAUUCCUUGUGCAUAGACGUGGUGUAUAGGUAUCCAUCAAAGAGAACAGUCUGUGGUCGAGACGAAUGUCCCAAUGUAAGGGAAUGUAAAAUACGUUCAGCACAGAGUAACACCAGAGCGGCAAUGACUGGGUGAUAUCUGACAAAUAGUCACAGCUAACCUGUGAAAUCCGGCCUCUUCUCAGUUUACCUCUGUUAGAUUCUUAUUUAAACUGUUCAUGUAAAUGCUUAACAAGUAAUAACAUGCACGCCUCCUAGUACUAUGAAUUAAGCCGAAAUAGGGGAAGAAUAAAAAUGCGACGAUUCCAUUAGAGGGAUUAGCCAUUUAUCGCAAAAAUGCCCCCCUUGAUUUAUUAUCUGGAAGUU